AUCCCUUUCGAUUAUCUCUUUGAGCUCCAUUCAAUGGAUCAGGCGCAAGAUGUACCAAACCUUUUUAUUAUGCCAUAUAUUCGGUUUUUCCGCUUUUUUAUUAGCUCUGUGGUUUCAUGUUCCAGCACUGAAGCCGAUCGUUGUCCUAUCGGCUUCAUUCGUGGGGUUUGAUUACUUGCUUGUCUACUUGAAGACAUCUAUACGGUCUGCUGUCUUUACCUCUUUACCUGGCGGUGUGACAAAAGUUGAGAUUGACCGAAUAGGAGAGGGCUGGACGGCUGGCCAGCAUGUUUACCUUCGAGUCUUCAAAGGGCGCCACUCAUUUGAGAAACAUCCUUUUACGAUUGCCAAUGCCCCAGCCUCGCUUUCCCCAUCUGGACGAAAUACUCUGGUGCUAAUGGCCAAGGCAGCUGGAGACUUCACUAGCCGUAUUCAUCGAGUGGGUUACGCUGAAGCAGCUUUGGUGGGCGGAGACUUAGAAAGUCGCAAAGCUUCAGUCGAUGAAAAACAUUUCCAAGCGUUAUGCGAAGCGGCUUCAGAUUGCCGCCUCGCUGUAGCGGUGGAAGGUCCAUAUGGAGCGUCUUAUUUGGACAUGAGUGAUCAUGAGACAGUAGUACUGGUCGCUGGAGGCAGCGGGUUUACAUACUGUAUGUCGACCCUUGAGCACAUUAUCGGGAACGCUAUGAAGGGUGUUGGCCUCACUAAAAAGAUAUUUGUUCUUUGGACACUCCGUGAUCUUGACAUGGUACAAGUAUUUGCAAGUGAUUUGAACAGAGCCUUAGAAUGCGCGCGCCAGUUCCGGUUCGAAGUAGUUGUUCGGCUUUACAUCACCACACCUCUGAAGCACGGUGACAUGAAUCCAGUUCCAAAUGCUCAGAUAACACCAAAUCGUGUAGAUCUCAAAGGGGUUUUGUCUGAAGCCCUUGAAAGUACAUGCUGGAGUAUUGACACUCGAGGAGAAACCAAAGGUUGUGGUUUAGCUGUUGGAGUAUGUGGGCCAGAAGGAUUAGUUGUUUCUGCGCGCAGUGCUUUAAGUGCGGCGGACCCAGUCUUAGCGGCCAAGGCUGGUGGACUUCAAAUGCAUUCGGAAGUAUUUGGAUGUUGAUUGGAUUCAGUGCGCAAUC